GUGGACUGUAACUGCAUUUGUACAAUAACGAUUUUACACCGUUCGUUCUCUCACGGCUGUGUUUCCUCUUUGCAAAAUCCCUAAGAAUAAAACAAAGUGCUGUAGACACUUCUGGCACUGUGGAUUGUAAGUGAGGGACCGCUUCAAGUGAAAAUGUCAGCGGCUCUGGAGCGGAGGCCCAGUGAGCGUAAAGGAUGGAGACUUGUGGAUGUCCCUCUUGUGGGAGCGGCCCCCUGGGGAUUCACACUGAUGGGAGGUCGGGAGCACCAAGAACCCCUCGUCAUAACCAAGGUGGAAGAAGGCAGUGAGGCAGAAACCGCUCAGCUGCGGGUGGGGGAUGAGCUUGUCAGCGUCAACGGGGUGGUCUUGAGCGGCUACCGGCAGGAGGCCAUCUGUCUUGUCAAGAGCUCCUACAAGACCCUGUCCUUAGUGGUUAGGAGGAGAAUUGUAAGUGUGAGCAGGCAUCACUCCUGUCACCCCACCAAGGUCACAGAUAAUCAGGCAGAAUCUGCAAGGACCCAAACAAUGCCCAUACCAGUCAGGGAAAUGAGAUAUGAUUCCAGCAGCUCUGAUUGGAAGCGCCCCGGUUGCUGGGAUCCAAACAUCGUGCAGCAAGUGUCCAGCUCCCUGAGCAGCAUGGACUAUAUAGAGCAAUCCUCCCAUGGAUACUGCUCUAAAGGCCUUAGGAAUUCCACAGAUAACACAGAUUCUCUGGUGGGCAGCUUGUAUGGCUCUGCCUACAGCUCUUUCUCCACCUGUUCCACUGCAAUGAAUCAGUCUUUGACUUCAGAGAACAUGACCUACAAACCAAGCCAGUGGGACUCGAAUAGUGGAGUCAGCAAUGUAAGGCUUCCUCACAGGUCCAACACCAGCCAGCACGUGCACGAAUGGCCAGGGUUCCAGCAGUUAUCCAUCAACACUAGAAGUCCAGAAAGCUCCAAGACUCAGGAUCCAACAGAAUACAACAACUCCAGUUCUGAGAGACCUCCCUUGGGUCCAGUAUGGCACAUCCCCAUUAAAAAAUCCAAAGCCCCAUCUCCACCACAAGCCUCAAGUGACAGUUUUGCACUGACCAGGGCUCACGAGAAGGGAUGGACACUUGACGUGCCUGGAAGCGAUGGGCUUGACUUUCAUGUCAGUCAGAAGUCUCAAGACCAAGGUCUGGAGAAGGGACUCUCACAGAACAAUGAUAUAACCCAUAUAGGCCAUAUUAACAAUAGGAGAGGAGCUGGAGUUAAGCCCUCUUCUACCCCACCAUUUAAGAGUGAUACAAUGUCUCCUUAUACUUCACCUGAUAGCCAUAACAAUGACCACCUGAUCCGGAACAACCAUCAUUCCUUAAACAGCACUGAUCUGCAGCAAGGCAAACCUGUCUGUAACCCUGUGCUGCAUGAUCAGCACAAAGUGGGUAAUGAAAUCACCCAUUUUCCACAAACCAGUUAUACAUCAGUGUCAAAACCACAUAAUUGGAGCAGCAGUUACAGCAAUGUAGAGGAGUUUCCUGCUGACAACAUCACUCCACUCUUCAAGUAUGCCCAUGUGACGUCAAGUGCAGCUGUGUCCAGUACCAGCAUCAGUGAAAACUUAGACCACAGUAAGCACAGCCAGAACUGCUUCAUGACAGCCCAGCAAUCUGUACAUUCCUUAGCAGUGCCCCAGGCAUCAGUGAAGGUGGGGGACAUAGAAAGAGGAACAGGCCACAAGAUGGGUGACCACAGUUCUGUGGAUUUCCAAAACGUGAAUAAAAAGAAUUUUCUUCUGUCUCAGGAACAACAACUGUACCUUGAAAGUGAUGAGUAUGAACAUAACAGUGGGCAGGUUCGCAAUCAGUCACCACAUUUAGGUGUUAUAGUAGAAACUCCUCCAGAGAAGCCCAAGACAGAGAACAGGAAGAGCAGUGGCAAGAGUGGAGAAAUACAGGAGACUGUGGAUCCUCAAGGUCGUAAAGAGAUGCAGGCAACACAAAACUCACAUUCAACAGGGAGUGAAUGGUUUGUCAACAGUCUGAACAGUGAAGUGCAAACAAGGAGAACACAGGUGCAGAAAAAUAAAAUUAUAGCGACUGUAACAGACUCUAGGACCAAAGAGGAUGAGACUGUCUGUAAAGAUGAAGGCAGCUGCACCCCUUUGUCAUCCCCUGAGGGCUCCAUUUCCUACAAGAACCACCUUAAGGCUGCUCAAGCCCGAGUUCUUAGAGCUACAUCUUUCAGCAGGAAAGACUUAGACCCCAUGUUACCUGACCAUCUUGGGGGUGAUGUGUCAGAUGGGGACAUUGUUCCAUAUCUCAUGCACCAAGACAAAACAUCCAUGCAUGCAUGCUCAAAAGUUUUGCAGGAUGAACCCAGUCCUGCAAAUGUUCAGGUGCCUCGGCUGGGCGGUCGUAAGCGCUUUCCAGUUGAGCAGAAAAUGCAUUCUUUUUCAGCACCAGACAGAAUCAAUGAGGUGGGAGUAGAAGACGAGAUCUUUCAUCCUGAAGCUGAUCGAUCAUCUGUAAAUGAACACAGAGAAUUAGAGACAACUGACAAACCAGCUCUUCCCAGGUCAAUGAUGAGGUCUGCCAAGCAGAGUUCCCCUGUGGAUCACCCUGAGGUCAAAUCUGGCAGGAAACUUCACCCAGGAAAGAUGGAGGAGGGCUAUGGCAAGACCAAAGCCCCCUUUAGAGGACACCCACUAGGCAAAAGCCAUAGCAGUUUCAGUUCUUUCGACAGAGUUGGCUUACAGGGUUCAAAGUGGCAGAGAGCUCCAGCAGGGCACCAGAACACCCGGAAUAUUAAGAAGAACCCUCUGGAACUCGUUACUCCUGGGACAUCUUUGUCUACUGACAAAGUCCAGGAUAAACAUGUGGAUAAAUUGAAUAAACCCUCAUACACCUAUAAAAACCAUGAUACUUCAACAUCUGAAGAUUUCUACGAAAAGAACCAUCCAGUCCGAGAAAGGGGAUUUACAGACAGUUCUCUGCCAGAACCUGCUAGACAGGAAAAAGCAGCAAGGCUCUAUGACCGAAGACACAGUGAUAGUACUUCACCAGAUGUCUUAGAGCCACCUACAGAGAACACUCCUAUGGAUGACCCAGAGAAGAGGACUUUGUUCAAACAUCCCUACCGCCAUCCAAGUGAGAAACCCCACUUAAAGGACCCAGAACAACCAAGUGGAUGGUCCCCCAGCAAAGUGUUCCAUGAACACUCUGCUCACAAGAAGAAAGGACCCCUGGAACAGAAGCAGUGCCAGUCUAAUCUGGAUGGACUGAAGGCCACAGCACCACUGAAAGACCCCCAGGAGUCCUCACAUGGUUCACGAAAUGACCAGGCAUCUAAGCACAACUCACCAUGUGCAGAGCUGCCUCUAGACCUUGUCGUUCCUUGGGGAUCACUUGCUCCCUGUGAGAACCCUCAUCAGGGCAUAGGGCCAGAAGAUGAGCUGGGAGCGCUGGAGAGAGCCCGCGUUUCCUCUUCUUCAUUCGUGGAGUGUAGACUCAAACUUCAGCUGCACACUCGCUCUCAGCAGUUUUCUUCUCACGAGAUCAAGGUCCAAGUAUCUGUCACCAUACAGGAUGAAUGCAGAAUGGACAGCAUGUUGGAGAAUGCCACUGUAGAAGAGGCUGCCAUCAUGGCUUUUCCUGCCAAGGACAUGGAGGAAGAGCAACACCACCACAAGCUGCCCAGUGAAGUAUCCUCCAGCCACCAGCCGCUUGCCCCCAACAUGGGGCAGAGGGGUUUGGAGCAUAGGGCUGCUGAAAGUGGGGUCCCAGGGGUGAGUCUGCAAAAGAGGCCGCACCACUUCCAGAGGGGGUCGUCACAACCAGGACUGAGUAGGACAACAGAGGAGCGGUGGGAGAAGGACAUCAGAACAGAUGCAGCCUCCAAGGUGACAGACUCCAUGUUCUCAAGUUCCACGGCAUCUGCAGAAGAGUCAGAAGAGUUCCAGAUGGGGACAAAAGGGAUGCAGGACUCAGAGCUGAUUGGCAGCCUGACCAGGAAGCUGCAGGUACUGCGAGAGGCCCAGGACAGUGUGCAGGAGGACAUACGAGCCAACAAUGUACUUGGGGAGGAGGUGGAGCAAGCCCUCCGGAAGCUUGGCAAGCCCAGCGAGCUGGACAAGUUUCGUAUGUUUGUUGGUGAUGUGGACAAGGUGGUCAGCCUGCUGAUGUCACUAACCAGCCGCCUGGACAGGGUGGAGAAAGCCCUGAGCAACCUUGGGGAGCAAGUAUCUCCCAAGGAGAAGCACUCCCUGCUGGAGAAACGAAAGCAGCUGAUUCGGCAGCACCAAGAUGCCAGAGAGCUGAAGAAGAAUCUGGAUCACCGAGAACAUCUGGUGUACAACAUCCUGGCCAAUUACCUUAGUGAGGACCGAUUAGCCAACUACGUGCACUUUGUCAAGAUGAAGUCUGCACUCAUCAUUGAACAGCGUAAGCUGGAGGACAAGAUCAGACUGCGGGAGGAGCAGCUCAGGGUUCUGAUGGACCGCCUUCCACUAGAGAGCAGAUACACUUCUGACGAAGAUCUCCUUUUCCGUCCAGACCUCCUAAUUUAGGUAGUAUAACAGGUUUGCAGCAUGCAACAGAAAGGAGGUGUUCUGUCGAGAUCAGAGUAAUAGAGAACUCGUAUCUGAGUCCUGAAGGGUUUUUAUCAUUUCUGAAUUGGCAAUAAGAAGGAAUUCUGGGAGAAAUGCAAUUUAAUGGCCUUACAAAUUCUAAAAAACUGCAGGGGGCAAAUAGCAACAAUUUUUCUUCAUAUUUAUUUUAGAUGUAAAACUUUAGAAAAAUUCUCUUAAAUUACAGAAUGCUGUUUUGCCAUUUUAUUGAGGUAUAAUUCUACAGUUUAAAAUAUACUACUACAUACACUGAAAGAUCAUCAUAUGGGAUGCACUUCAGAUAACUGCUUAAUAUGCAAAUUAGUUGACUACUUGA